GCGCAGAUUAGAUGGACUGCACUGACGAAAGGUCGUGGUGAUCGUGUGCAAAAGCCUGCGUGGCUCUCAUAUAAACGCAAACGUCGACAGCCCAUAACAUCCUCUUCGACGACAACGAAGCUGUGUUGCAAGUCUCUAGUGUAACGACCAGCAUGUCUUCUGCUAAUCCUGCUUGCACUGCUGAAUGUAAGAAGACUCCAUGCAACUGUGGUGACAAGUGCGGAUGUGCCGACGGAUGCGAAUGUCAGACUUGCAAGCGUGACGCUUGCACUGCUGAAUGCAAGAAGACUCCAUGCAACUGUGGUGACACGUGCGGAUGUGGCGACGGCUGCAAAUGUCAGACUUGCAAGCGUGACGCUUGCACUGCUGAAUGCAAGAAGACUCCAUGCAACUGUGGCGACACGUGCGGAUGUGCCGACGGAUGCGAAUGUCAGACCUGCAAGCGUGACCCUUGCACUGCUGAAUGCAAGAAGACUCCAUGCAGCUGUGGAGACAGGUGCCAAUGUGCCGACGGCUGCAGGUGUGAGACCUGUUCAGCGCCCUGCAAGUGUCGUGAUACUUGCCAGUGUGGAGAGGGCUGCACGGGAACCACCAGCUGCAAGUGUCCUCUCAAGUGCUCCUGCAAGUGAAGCACGUGACACGAUGUGUGCCGUUUACGGCUAGGCUGAGGUGGGAGGAAGGUUAAAUUGAUUUCCGCAAUCUUGAUAAGAUGAUGUACAUCCAUCUUGUCGAUACUACCAGUAAUGCUAUAAUUGUAUAUAUACUGGUAAGAGUCAAGACUGUGUUUUCGUUUUAUUUGGGAUUUUCAAGUUUGGGUCACUUGAUGUUAAAAUGUUGAUUUUAAAUAAAGAGAAUAAAAACUAUU